CCAAGACACGCGGACUGUGUAGAACGAUGGAUUCAUUUUUAACUCUGUGUCAAAACCUUAUGAUGCGCACACAGACAUAGCAUUUGGUUUCAGCCACUGGAAAGCAGCUCACUAGAUUGUGUUUUCUUGAAUCUGCAGUGAUCUUCAAGCACACUUCAAAAGAAAGUCAACCAGUAACUAGACAAUGGCAUCUAAUUCUUUCUCAGAAGAGGAUUUCUCCUGUCCUGUGUGCCACGACAUCUUCAGGGAUCCCGUUAUCCUCUCCUGUAGUCACAGCUUCUGUAAGGUCUGUCUGCAGAUGGUCUGGGACACGGGAUCUAGACAAUGUCCAGUCUGCAGGAGGAUAUCCUCAAAUACUCAGCCUCCUCUGAAUCUCCAUCUAAGGAACCUGUGUGAGACUUUCUUACAGAAGAGAAGUCAGAGAACUUCAGCAGGAUCUGAUGUGCUCUGCAGUCUGCACAGUGAGAAACUCAAGCUCUUCUGUCUGGACGAUGAACAGCCUGUGUGUCUGGUGUGUCAGACCUCAAAGAAGCAUCAAAACCAUAACUUCAGUCCCAUCAAUGAGGCUGCACUAGAUAUUAAGAAGGAACUCAAGAUUAUGCUGCAGUCCCUCAUAGAGAAACGGAAGACUGAAGAAGAAGUGAAACUCAGAAGUGGCCAGGCAGUAAGAAAUAUUCAGAGGCAGGCUCUAGAAAAAGAGAGGCAGACCCAAGAGCAUUUUACGCGGCUUCAUAAGGGUCUACAAGAUGAAGAGGCAGCCAGGAUAGCUGCACUGAGGGAGGAAGAGGAACAGAUGAUUCAGCCGAUGAAGGAGAAGAUUGAGAAGAUGAGCAGAGAGAUCUCAUCUCUUUCAGACACAAUCAGAGCCAUUGAAAAGCAGAUGGGAGCUGAUGACUUCACAUUUCUACAGAACUACAAGAGCACAGUGGAAAGGUGUUAUUCUAGAACCCAGUGCACACCAUCAUCAGGGCCAACACAUCGCUCACGUGCACCACCUCCAACAGGGGCAACGAGGAGGUUGCAUGCAGUACUCCCAUCACAUCCACCACCGGGGCCAACGAGGAGGUUGCAUGCAGUACUCCCACCACAUCCACCACCGGGACAGACACAGAGCGGUCCACCGCCUCCAGCAUCUCAACUGGAGCAUACGCAAAGCUUGGCUCCACCCCCUCUGCAGCCACAGGGCCCAAGUUCACCACGUCCGCGGCAGCACCAGACAUUGGAUGUGUGGUGGAAAGAUGUAGUUCAACAAACAAGUUUUAGCAAUUAAAGGUGGAAAUUAUAGCAGCAAAUUAACAUAACGCAAGUGUCAGUGGUAGCAGGAUAAUGCACUGCACGUUGUGGCCGCAUUACCACCUUGAACAUGAAUUAUUUUGGUUAUGGAAUUAUUUUGGUACCAGAAUGCCGUGCUGUCCAUAAUUUCUAACUUAAACAUGUCAUCAGUAGGGUAUAUGAUAUGGGAUUUCUGUCAAUAUUAAAUAUGCCAAUAUUUUCAAACUUAUUUUUGGCCUACUAUCUCCAAGCAGAAUUAACUAUUUACUCUUAUUGUGAUGGCCUACAUGUUGCAAAUACAGACCUAUUUCCUUUCAGUCUAUUCUUAAUAUAAACUUUAAAGGUGCACGAUCAUAUGCAAUUUUAAGCCCAUAACAUUUUUUGGGCAAAAUGAUCUGCUAAGAAAUGUAAGUAUAAAAAUUAUCAACAAACGCAACAUUGUGCAUAAUCGCACACCCCACCUUUAAGAAAUCUAGAUCUUCACUCUUGAUACAUUUUUUUUAAACUUGAUGUACAUGUUUACAAGUCUGUUGUCUAUUGGUGUAGAUGUAGAAUAUGCAGUUUGACAUAAUUAUGACAUUUUCAAAUAAACAUCUCACUCUAUUUGAACAGA